GCACACAACACAACUCGCUAGCCAAGCCUGGGAAGCUAGAAGUAGAAGCGCAAGCUACCUUAGAGCUCGUGCGGUGGCCUAGCUGCCAGCCAUGGAGAACCCGUACACGACCUUCCUCAAGAACUACCGUCAGCACCGCUACUACUUCUCACCCACGCCGGUGCCGGCGCCAGUGGCGUCGACGACGGCGCCUCCUCCGGUCUCCGCCUACUCCUCCAGCCCCUUCUUCUCCCCGCCGCCGCCUCCUCCUCCUACUACGCCGUCGUCUCCUCCGCUCCGGGAAGCCCUGCCCCUUCUCUCUCUCGCCCCCGCCUCCCGCGGGUCUCGGGAGCGGCGGCGCGGCCCCGGCCCGGACGACUCCGACGACGGCGACGACGACGUCGACGAGGAGGAGGGGAAACAAGCGCCGGGCCCAGCCGCGAGCAGUAGCCUGCACCACAAUCAGCAGCUCGCGGGACGGCAACUCUUUGCGGACCUGAACUCCAAGGCGACCGACGACCCGAUGGACUCGGCGGCGGGCGGCGCGGCGGGGGACGUGACGGUGGCGCUGCAUAUAGGCCUGCCGAGCGCCGGCACCGCCGCCGACCUCAUCUCCGGGAUCUCGGCCGCAGCUAGGGCGGCGAGGGAUGACGAGGAGGAAGAGGACGACCGCCUUAAUAAGGAGCUGAGCGGCGGCUGCGCUGAGGAGGACGGGGAUGACGACGGCGAGAACGAGGCGGCCGUGGCGCCGGUGCUAGGGUUCGCUUCGACGCCGAUCGGGCGGCUGAACAAGGGGCAGUACUGGAUCCCGACGCCGACGCAGAUCCUCAUCGGCCCGACGCAGUUCUCCUGCCCUGUCUGCUUCAAGACCUUCAAUCGAUACAACAACAUGCAGAUGCACAUGUGGGGCCACGGGUCGCAGUACCGGAAGGGCCCGGAGUCGCUGCGCGGCAUCCAGCCGACGGCGAUGCUGCGGCUGCCGUGCUACUGCUGCGCGCCGGGGUGCCGGAACAACGUCGACCACCCGCGCGCCAAGCCGCUCAAGGACUUCCGCACCCUGCAGACGCACUACAAGCGCAAGCACGGCCUCAAGCCCUUCCUCUGCCGCCGCUGCGGCAAGGCCUUCGCCGUCAAGGGCGACUGGCGCACCCACGAGAAGAACUGCGGCAAGCUCUGGUACUGCCUCUGCGGCUCCGAGUUCAAGCACAAGCGCUCCCUCAAGGACCACGCCAGAGCCUUCGGCCAGGGCCACGGCGCGCUCGGCGGCGCCGGGCUCGACGACGACGAUGACUGUGCCAUCUCCGACGUCGAGCACGACGGUGCCGCCGCGGGCGCCAGGUCGCUCUGAGCGUCACUCACCGAUCGGUCUGGCCGUGGUUAUGUGCCGCCGUGCCGGCCCGGAUGCUCAAAAGAUGCUAGCUGUGUGCACAUCUGAACUACGCAGUGUAUACAAGUCCGAAAACUAUCGGCGGUGUAUACAUACUACAAGCUCACGAGUUGCUCUUUGAUUGGGUUUGCUUCUUCUGUUUUUCUCUUCCUACAUAUCUCGCUUGUAUAUUAGCUAGGAUGAGACCUCAAUCAAUCGAUCAUGGAAAUGUGUCAACAUUUAAUUAGCAUUUCGCUUGCUUCUAAA